CACCUGACUAUUGUGUUCAGCCUGUCUAGUGUUUCAGCCUUGGUCACCGCCUGCCACCGGCCAUGCAGAUGCAGCGCCAGGCCCUCCGCACCCCCGGCGGCGUCGCUGGGCGGUGCCCCGCGCGGGUGUCGUGCGUGGCAGCGCCCCCCACACCCUCCAGGACCCCAGCCAGCACUGGCGCGGUGAAGCGCGCCAUGACCAUGACCGAGAAGAUCCUGGCCAAGCACUCUGACAAGGCGUCUGUGACGCCUGGCGACAAUGUGUGGACCAAGGUGGAUAAACUGAUGACGCACGACGUGUGCGGGCCCGGCACCUUUGGCAUCUUCCAGCAGGAGUUUGGAGACGCGGCAGAGGUGUGGGACCCCGAGCGCGUGGUCAUCAUCCCGGACCACUACAUCUUCACCGCCGACCCGCGCGCCAACCGCAACGUGGACAUCCUGCGCGACGUGGCGCAGCGCUACGGCAUCAAGUACUUUUACGACAUCAAGGACCGGGGCGACUUCCGGGCCAACCCCGACUACAAGGGAGUGUGCCACGUGGCGCUGGCGCAGGAGGGCCACUGCAAGCCCGGCGAGGUGCUGUUUGGCACCGACUCCCACACCUGCAAUGCCGGCGCCUUUGGCCAGUUUGCCACGGGGGUGGGCAACACCGACGCCGGCUUCAUCCUGGGCACCGGCAAGCUGCUGAUCAAGGUGCCGCCCACCAUGCGCUUUGCGCUGGAUGGCCAGAUGCCGCCCUGGCUGCUGGCCAAGGACCUCAUCCUGCACAUCAUCGGGGAGAUCAGCGUGGCGGGCGCCACGUACCGCUCCAUGGAGUUUGUGGGCGAUGCGGUGAGCCAGAUGAACAUGGAGGAGCGCAUGACGGUGUGCAACAUGGUGGUGGAGGCGGGCGGCAAGAACGGCGUGUGCCCCGCCGACCAGACCACCUUUGAUUACGUGGAGUCGCGCACCAGCGAGCCCUACGAGGCCGUCUACUCUGACGACACCGCCUCCUACUUUGCGGACUACCGGUUUGAUGUGAGCAAGCUGGAGCCGGUGGUGGCGGCGCCGCACAGCCCCGACAACCGCAAGCUGGCUCGGGAGUGCCGCGACGUCAGGGUUGACCGCGUCUACAUCGGCUCCUGCACCGGCGGCAAGACCGAGGACUUCAUGGCUGCCGCCAAGCUGCUGCACGGCGCGGGGGGCGAGGUCAAGGUGCCCACCUACCUGGUGCCCGCCACGCAAAAGGUGUGGGGGGACGUGUACACGCUGCCCGUGCCCGGCUGCGACGGCAAGACGGCGGCGCAGAUCUUCGAGGCCGCCGGCUGCGUGACGCCCGCGGCGCCCAGCUGCGCGGCCUGCCUGGGCGGCCCUCGCGACACCUUUGCGCGCAUGAACGAGCCGGAGGUGUGCGUGUCCACCACCAACCGCAACUUCCCCGGCCGCAUGGGCCACAAGGAGGGCCAGAUCUACCUGGCCUCGCCCUACACCGCAGCCGCCUCCGCCCUCGCCGGCCACGUCGCAGACCCCCGGGACUUCAUGGCCUGAGCCUUGGCCUGACCGCGUGGCUGGCUGGCUGGGGGGCAUGGGAAGCCCCGCUGCUCUGCAGCUCCGCGGGGCGGAGGCCCCCAGACCAGCUGCGUGAACCACUGCCCCGCACUUCCGUGCCGGGCAGCCUUGCUCAGGCAGCCGCUGCCAUUUGCAGCCCUGCACCCUGGGACUUUAAUAUUCGCUUGUUGCCACUCACAGCAGCUUGUUGGCUCUCUCACAGACUAACAAAGAAUUCAGUGAAACCACAUCAGAUGUAAUUAGGACCUGUC